UAUCUUUCUCUCUCUCGUGGUCGCCAUUUCUGAGUGGAAAAUGUCUGCCGACUUGCAAUGGAUGAUGAUAAGGAAACACUCCUGUUUCCUGUUGAAAAAUCAGGGAACCACAUUUACAAAGAUGCUAACAAGCCCUCUAAGGUUACAUCCAAGGUGACUUUGGCUCGUGACUCCCGUCGCACCAUCAAGACCAUCAAGAACUUGUGUGGCAAGAACUAUUACCGACAGGAUCUGGAGGAUGCAGCGGUCAUGAGGGCAUGUGCCAUCCUCCGCAGCCAAAGGACUGGCACAGGUGUGCAGAAGAAUCGUACACGCAGAAAGCGCAACUGAAUGUACACAUUGAUAUCUGUUCUCUGAUAAUAAAUUUGCGAAAAAGCUA